UUGGAAGUGUUUUUAGUAGUUGUGUUUUCCUUUUUCACAGAAAACUUUUCGGGGUUCAAGUGACAAGGGUUUUUGCGUUGGCGUUCCCUGAAAACAAUUCGUUUAAAGCAAUGGCUGCUGCAGGGAAGAUUGCAGUGGGAGAAUUCCUGCAGGGUUCGCAGAGGCAGAACCUGUUUUUGCAGAGAAAUUUAUCUAAACAGCGAUGCAGGCUACUUAGCAGUUCCCUACAAAGACAAAGCCUUUCACGAAGGACAACCAGUAGAGGUCUAAGAUCAACAUCAAAAAGCUUGCUUCCUGUAAAGCCUAGAGUUUUCGUUUUAGGAGAGGCGAGUAGUUAUUUUGAACAAAAUUUCAUGAAGAGCGAAAAUUCUAGUGAGGAAGUUAAGGAAACACCUUACUUGGCUUCUAAACUACGGAUAUUCACUGAGGGUGCGUCAGAUUAUGGCAAGUUUGGUGAACCCUUGAUUCAGGGAUACAUGAGAACUUUUGACGGUGCUAAUGUAUUAUCUGAAGCAAUGACUGAACUUGGUAUAUCGAUAGAUGAGGACACGGACAGUUUACCCGUGUCUGCUCAUGCUUCUGGUGAAGUUGUGGAGGUUCCUGGAGACCUUGUUAGUACUGUAUAUGCCACUUCCCCAGAUAUAGCAUUGACAGUGACCCAGGAUUUGAAUCAUGGAGAUGAUGGUGUCCUUUUGGCAGUUCCAAAGAAACGCACAUCGAUAUCUAAAAAGCGUAUCCGUAAAAACGUCUGGAAAAGAAAAGGAUAUCAGGCAGCACUGAAGGCUUAUUCUUUAGCAAAAUCUCUUUCUACCGGGAAUUCAAAAAGUUUCUUUUAUUCAAGAAACAAGAGGGAUGCUAUGUUUGUUUUGUUCAAAAGAAAAAGGUACUUGAGCACAAGAUAGAAAGUUUUACUUUUGUUUAUGGUAGGUUAUUUGUUCAGUAAUUUGUUUUUCGUAAGGAAUAUUACAUUAGCUGUGCGCUUACAAUCACGACAAUUGAUUGUGGAUGGACUGCUUUCCAGCAAGCUCAUAUCAUGAAAUAGGUAUACAUGCUGAACUAAGAAACCAGUGCUAGAGCAUCAUGGAUUCUUGGUAUGAGUCCUGAAAAGUGGUAGUAUACAGAAAAACUUCAAUCUUAUCAUGGAUAUUAAUACUCUUUCUG